AUGGAUCCAAGAGUAGGAGUUGGAGUCGUGGUCCUGAACAAUGAAGGGAAGGUCGUUCUGGGCAAGAGGAAGGGAAGCCAUGGUGCCGGAACCUGGGCAUUUCCCGGGGGCCACCUCGAAUUCGGCGAAUCUUUCGAAGCCUGCGCAGUACGGGAAGUUCUCGAGGAGACAGGCCUCUCAAUUCAUGACGUACGUUUCCUAACCGCUACGAACGAUGUCAUGAAGGCCGAAGGAAAGCACUAUAUUACUGUUUAUGUCGGUGCUAUCGUCAAAGAAGAUAAUGCACAGCCCCAGAUAAUGGAGCCCGAGAAGUGUGACGAAUGGCGGUGGAUAAGCUGGGGAGAUGUUCAGUCAUGGUUCGAGAAGCAGGUGCAGACUGAAGGAAUGGAGACCGCCGAUGAUCAACCAAGACUGUUCAUUCCUCUGUUCAAUCUCUUCCGACAACGGCCGACCUUUGACCCGAAAAAGAGUUAUGAUUCUGCACAAGCAUAG